AUGAGACAGUCAGGAAUCAGCUAUAAGGUCCAACAUCUCCUUGAUUCCCUUGUACACGACAAGAAAUGUGCCGACAGCGUGCCAAGCGCCUCGGAUUCAUUGGCAGCGUCUCAAACGAAAUAUGUUGUGAGGCGGCUGAAUGAAGGGAUUUCAAAGGAGAUAUUAACAUUAUAUCUUCUUGGUAUAGAAGGCGCAGUAGUACCGUUGCCAUUGGUCCCGCAGAAUUACCAAUGUCAGGCGGGUAAAAUUAGGAACUUUGUGGACUGGUGUUUUCCGGAGAGUGCGAGACUGUGCGGAGUUAUUAAAAGGACGGCCGAAAAUCUCCCCGCUCUUCGAGAGGCAUUGGAUGCGCCCACAAUUGAUAGAGAUCGUGUAUGCACCCUCUUUACCGAUCAUAUUUGCGAAAUUGAAGCCACCAAGGGUGUUCGGCCCCUUUACUAUACGGAAUUGAUGGAUUUGAUUAUGGAGAAGGUUUUUGAACGUGGUAUUUUGCAUUCUUAUAUCUUCCAAGACGCUGCGAUGGCCAUAAAAGAGUGGGGAGCGCAAGGGCAGACACGAACACGUGUUGCCAUCUGGAGCAUUUGCCCCGUUGCGGUCACAAAGGCGCUUCUUCGUCACAGCGAUUACGGUGAUCUCACGCAUUAUGUUUUGGACUACUUUGAUCCCAGUGUUGCUGGCUCAGCGCUCGAAUUGUCCACUUACAUGUCUAUAAGGAGGCAACUUGAAAGGCGCUUUGCUCCCUUCGCGAGCGAUAUUAAUAUUGUAUUCAUCACCAGUAGUUCAAAUGGAGCAGUAGCAGCGAAUGCAUCGAAUGCAAUAGAUGCUACAUUUUUAUCCAUGCGCCCUUUUAACAAUCCAGUGACUUUGGGUACUUUACAUGGGAUUGAUAUUGCGACCGUGUCUUCCUUUUACCAACUUCGUGGGGAAAGUGUUUCGUACCCGCUGCUUUGUGCUGAAGCGAGAGAGUACAUGGAUGGUAGGGCGCACGUGAAAGCCAUCCAAGAGGAGGAACAGCUAAGCUCAGAACAGGAAAAACGCAAAACAUGA